GAUCGGACUGUGCAGGAGGGAGGCGGUACCGUGGGAUCGAAUGUAUCAGUUUCUUGAGGGACGGAGCGAGGGGAUGAGAGCCGCUCACUCACACCUUCAAAUGACUUCUCGGAUGUCAUGGUAGAUCGUGGAAUUUGAGGAGAAACUGACUCGAAAUGGAAUCAACUGUUGAUAUUUCUUGGGGGCAAUUGUUUGAAAAACAAGCAUAUUUACAUUGAGAAGCUAGCGUGGAUUGUUUUUCCUUCAAGGCACUACAGUUGAAAGAAAGAAGCCAUUGCUUGGUGGAGUAUCCAAGACUAGAAAGAGCUUGAUGUAGCCUGUAACUAUUGGAACCAAACUGUGGAAGCUUUGGAAAAAGCACCCUUGGCAGAGAUGGCAAAUAAAGACCAAAGGGAGGGGGACAGUCGUUUAUCAGCACAGAGAGAUUUGGUGAUGUCUGACUGUAAAAGCACCGAGAUGCAUAACCAUGGACAUUUGGCUCUGCUGGAAAAAUCCCGGGAAUUCUUCCAGAUCUGUGACCGAGAAGAAAAAGGAUUUAUUAACCGAGCAGAUAUGCAGCACCUUCAGACUGAGCUGUCUCUCAGUUCAAAUGAACUGCAGGAUGUGUUCGAUGCCCUGGAUGCUGAUCAGAAUGGUUCUCUGACACUGGAGGAAUUUACCACGGGAUUUAGUCAGUUCCUGUUUGGGGAAAAGAUCGUUGUAGACAAGUUAAGGAGAAGACAGGAUCAGCCUGAGAGCUUGUAUCUGGAUCAGUGUACCCAACAGUUGGUAACAGCUGAUGACGAUGAGGAACACCACUUCCAAACCAUGAUGGGGAACCUGGGAGCAAGGAACCUCUUUAAAGAUCAACAAGAAAUCCGAAACUUAUGGACACAUCUGAGAAAGGAUGGACCACAUUUACUUACUCAUUUUGAAGAAUUCCUGGAAAGAGUUUCUAUUCAGAUUCAAGAAGCCAACGAGGAAAGGGAAAUGAUGGAAUUUGCUCUAAAAAGAAAAGCAGCAGAAUACAGUGAAGAAAUAAAACAGCUUUAUAAUGAAAUGGAGCAACAAAUAAAAAGUGAAGAAAAUAAAAUAUUUCAGAAAAAUUCAGAUUCGAAGUCACGAUGCCAAGAACUGGAAUAUUUGCUGAGUGUUAAAGAAAAACAACAUGAGGAACUUAUUGAAAAGCAGAAUAGGCUGGAGGGACGGUGUGUCGAGCUGUUGAGUGAGAAGCAAGAGUCAAAGCUGGAAAAUCAGAGGCUAAGACAGAUCAAUGAAGAGUUGGAGAAUCAUCUGCAGAAAGCGAACAAUGACCUUCUGGGAGUUCACCGUCAAAUGCAGGCGCUGGAGGAAGAAACUUAUCAGCAGCAUGAAGAAAGAGAAAUGGAGCUAUAUCGAGUGACUGAGGGUCUGGAAAGAGAGAAGUUAAGCCUUUGUAAACAGUUAGAUCUCCUCAGGGAAAUGAAUAAACAUCUUCAAACUGAACGGGAUAUGUCCCUGAUGGGUAUUCAGAAACCCUCCAUUCGUAGCUCUUCCAGCUUCUGGAAUCAAAGGAUAUCUGCCAGCACUGAUCCCCCUGUGGAUACCAGGCUGUUGUGCAACAGGAAAGGUGAUGACGAGGAGGAACUCAGUAAUUCCAUGCUACUCUCAAAGAAUUUGGGAGAUGGGAAUGCACACAGCCUCAUCCAGAAAGAAACCGACAAGGAAUCCAAAGCCAAGGCCAGUGAGAGACUGUACUUGCAGAGAAUUAUUUCUAUUGAAGAGGACCCAUUGCCCCAGUUCCUCGAAAUGCAUUCUACAACGCACUUAAACAACUUGACUAAGGUGGAAGAGGAGAUGGAGAAAGAGCAGGAGGAACAGCUGGCGCUGGAAAGGAAUAGUCAAGAGAAUGGAAAAGUUUUUUCACUUCCAAGAACACAGCCUGCUGGUGAAGAAGCUUUGAUAUUGGUCAAUGAACCACACUCCAAUCCUGACCGUUUAUUUAAAAUCAUCUUUGUUGGGAAUUCCAGUGUGGGGAAAAGUUCUGUUUUAAGACGAUUUUGUGGCGAGGGUUUUAGCCCUGGAUUAUGUGCUACUGUCGGUAUAGACUAUCAUGUGAAAACAGUAAACGUAGAUAAUUGCCUGCUGGCUCUGCAGCUCUGGGACACAGCAGGGCAGGAACGGUUUCGUAGUGUCACAAAGCAGUUUUUCCGUAAGGCCGAUGGAGUUGUUCUCAUGUACGACAUCACAGCUGCGACAACAUUUAUUGCUGUACGGCAGUGGCUGGAGAGUGUGCAGGAGGGAGCGGGCCCUGAGGUUUUAAUCCUGCUCCUGGCCAAUAAAACCGAUCUGGAAAGGAAGCGCCAGGUUGCCAGUGAAGAGGGUCGCCGAUUGGCUAAGGAAUGUAAUUUGAUUUUCUAUGAGUGCAGUGCCUUCUCAGGUGUCAAUGUAACUGAAUCAAUGAUGCAUUUGGCCAGACUUCUGAAGGAACUCGAAGAUAAGGAAAAGGAGAAGAUUGUUGAGCUGUGUGAAGAUUCUCCCCAACAGAAAACUUGCUGUACAAAAUAAUGAGGAGUGUUUGUCACAUCCAGUCGCCAGAGGAGCCUUUAUGUUACCUGAGAGGAACGCACUUUGUGCUUUUUACAUCUCGCUGCAGGAUAUUGUGGAGAACAUCUGAAUGAGAAACACAAAUUGAAUUUCAGUCAGAUGUGCCAGCUGGCGACUUGAUCGUUAGAUCCUUCAGUUAAUGCGAUGCCAUUUAAAAAAUGUGAAGCUUAGUCAAGAUUGGGAAUUCUAAACUCCUCCAGCAACUACAAUGGGACUACUUAAACAGUAGCUGAUGGCAAGUGACAAACUGGAAGCAGCGGGAAUUUUUAAAUUAAUCCAGUUAUUGUGCAAGUGAUGGAAGCCUUGGAACUUUGAACUUGUAUCAUCAGUUCUGAGGAAGGGUCACCGGAACCCAAAACGUUAACUCUUUUUUCCUUCACAGAUGCUGCCAGACCUGCUGAGCUUUUCCAGCAACUUCUGUUUUAGUUGUGUUAUAUUUUGAGUACUGUAUCCCUUAAACAUCUGUCACAGGUUCUGUUUGUGUUGGAGAAUCUUGGAGACUAAGCUGAGGAAUCUUAGGGAACAAUUUGUUAAAUUCUAUACCUUCAGCUUCUGGAAAUGGAAAGGAAAGUCCUGGUGUUGUGAAUUUGGAAGAAAUCCAAUAGCAGAGAGGAUAUAACCAGCAAGCCUGGGGAAAGAUAGUAAUUUUUUUUCAUUCUGUCAUGAGAUGUGGGCAUUACCAGCAAGACCAGGACGUAUUGACCUUCCCUGAUUGCUUCUGUCUAAAUUAUUUCAUAAGGUCAGUUAAGCGUCAACCACUUCAUUGUGAGUCUGCGUCACAUGUAGGCCAGACCAGGUAAGGACAGCAGAUUUCCCUCCCUAAAGGCCAUUAGUGCCAGAUGGAUUUUCAGAAAAAUUGAUCAUCAUUUCACAAUGACCAUCAAUGAGACUAGCUAUCAAUUUCUGGAAUCAUUAAUUAAAUUUAAAUUCUACCAGUUGUCCCCUUGUGAUUUGAAUUUAUGCCUGAGUCUCUGGCUUACUAAAUCCAGUGACAAUACCACAAGGACACAAAUUCUCCGAAUAAUCCUUCAAAUGAUACAUUAGAAUUUUUGAAAAUAUUUCCAAAGUAAAUUUUGAGCUGACUUUAUCGAAAGUAACUAAGAUUUUGGUGAGGUUGUGCAGGUUAAAUCAACACCAGAAAAUAUUUACACGCACAAAAACAGAAAUUGCUGGAAAAGCUCAAAGCAGGUCUAGCAGCAACUGUGGAGAAAAAUCAAGAGUUAAUGACCCUUCCUCUGUUUUUGUUUCUGAUUUACUGCAUCCACAAUUCUUUUGGUUUUUAUCCAGAAAACAUUUAGCCCGAUUAAAAUUGUCAUUAGUGAACUAAACUGAUGAUAUUACUUCUAGGAGACUACAAUUCUUAGAAUGAGUAUUUUGGUUGAUGUUAUGUGAACUGUAGAAGGGAGGUCAACAUUAUCUCUACAACCUACUGAAAUUAAAACAUUUACAGCCGUAAGUCCUUUUACUGUUUGAUUUCUCCACCUUGUUUAUACAGAAACAUAUUUUAUAGGAGGAUCUAUGGUUCCUGGUAGGAAGACGAGUGUCAGGUUUGUAAUAUUUAUUUAGCAUGAUCAACAAGUAGCAUGUUUCAGUUUUUCUUGGCAUGUUAUCAUGUUAGAACUAGUUUUGGCUUGAUGUGAUGUGUAGUAUUUUAUAUUUCUAAAAUAACAUUUCAGAGUUGUCAUAGUGCCACCAUGUACCUCUUUUACCAUGGAAUCCUAUCUUGCGCCAAAUUAAAAUAACAUUUUACCAUCGUGGACGGGAUCCUGGCUUCAGUUAAAUAGUGCUGCAUUUG